AUGAACAAACCGGGCGCAGGAGAAGGCGCGUGUGGUUCCACUUCCAAAGCAGGUCCGUCAUCCGACAUUUUUAAAGUGGGAAUUCGUGUUCCACCUUUUUGGCCGGAAGAACCGGAAAUAUGGUUUGCACAGAUCGAGGGACAAUUCGCCAUAUCCGGAAUUAUUAACGACGCGACGAAAUUUAAUUACGUCAUCGGCCAGUUGGACAAGCAGUAUUCUAUAGAAAUAAAAGACAUAAUCGUCAAUCCUCCAGCCACAGAGAAAUAUGAGAAGCUGAAAUCCGAGCUCAUUAAGCGACUGACCGCAUCGAAGGAGAAGAAACUGAAACAACUGCUCAUGCAUGAAGAGUUAGGCGAUCGCAAGCCGUCUCAAUUCCUCCGUCAUCUUACCAGUCUUGCCGGACCCCAGGUACCAGACGAUUUUAUUAAAACCAUUUGGAUCAGUCGACUACCAAGCGGAACCCAAACAGUACUCGCUGGACAACCUACAGCCACUCUGGAAGUUUUGUCAGACCUAGCAGACCGCAUACACGACAUCGCACCGCAUACACCUCAGGUAGCAUCUACCAGCCAAGCUAUACCAGGGUCAGCCUUUAGCGAUCUGGUGAGGGAAGUGGCCGAACUCAGAAAGCAGUUCCAGUCGUUUACAACCCAAGGGAAGAGGCAAGCCCGUUCCAACGCAAGACAGGACAAUCGCGGUCGUUCCAGGUCCAGGUCAAAGUCGAACUACCGGAAGUACCCCAUUUGCUGGUAUCAUGCGAAGUUUGGGGAUAAGGCCAAUCAUUGUUCGCGACCCUGCGACUACAAGUCGGAAAACGUGCAGGGCGGUCAGUAA